AUGAGCAAGGUGGUCCAAGGCCUCUAUCUCGGGAACAUCCGGGACGCCGAGGACCGGGAAACCCUGCUGCGGAGCGGCGUGACCCACAUCCUCGCGGUGCACAGCAACGCCAAGCCCGUGCUGGAGGGCAUGACUUAUCUCUGCAUAUCGGCCUCGGACUCCUCCAGUCAAAACCUGAUGCAGCAUUUCAAGGAGUGCAUCAAAUUCAUCCACGAAUGCCGGCUCCGGGGGGGAGGCUGCCUCGUGCACUGCCUGGCAGGGGUUUCCCGCAGCACCACCGUCCUGGUGGCUUACCUGAUGACGGUCACCGAGCUGAGCUGGGAGGGCUGCCUGGCCGCCACCAGGGCCGUGCGCUCCUACGUCAGCCCCAACUGCGGCUUCCAGCAGCAGCUGCAGGAGUACGAGGCGACUUUGCUCACGGAGUACCGCGCCUGGAUCCGGCGUGACUACGGCAGGAACCCGUUCGGCGACCAGGAGGAGCUGCAGCGCUUGCUGGCCCGGCAGGAGCAGCGGGAGCAGCCCGGGAGCCGGGAGCCCUCCUGGGUGGAUGCUCCGGCUCCCGUUUUCCCGCGCCCCUCCGGCGCCGGCAGAGGCGGGUGGAUGAGCAGAUAAACGUCCAGCGCUUGCAGAGAGACGUUGUCCCUGGGGCUGGCAAAACUCACCGCGCGGGUGCCCACGUCCGGGGCCGGAGCGGGAGCCAGCAGCCCUGGGAACUGUGCUGCUUCCAGCCGCCGGCGCCAGGUCGGAGCAGGGGCGUUUGGGGCUCGCGGACCCUCCACUUGGCAGCUGCCUCCGUGUGCAUCUCCGGGUAAAGCAGCUGCUUGGCCUGUGCCUCAGUUUACCCAUCCGGAAAAGCUCUUGCAGUGCGGGGAGGCUCCGCAGGGUUCCAUUUGUGGAGGCGUUUCGGGAUCCUCGGGCGAAAGGUGCUGGAAGUGAAAGCCCUGCUGCUCCGAUGUCCCUCUCGGAGCACCGCUCUUGGCACGGCAGCCCCGCUCCCGCCUCCGCAGGCAGCCCACCGCCGCGCUCGGACUUUCCUGGUCCGCACCGUCCUCGACAGAUGUUCGUCUGGCGUUUUCUCAAAACCCCCGGGGGGGGAAAUCCAGAGGCUCCAGAGCCUUGCCUGCUCCCCAGCGUCUCCAGCCUCGGAGCUGGACUGGCUUCGGUUUUCCCCUGCUGCCCAACCUGAAUGUCCCUGGUUGCAAAAGCAGCCGGGUGCUCGGCCGACCUGGUGGAUAAUUUAGCAGCAUCUCUCUGCGAUGGCCGCCUUUUCAGCACCGAAAGGCUGUUAGCGGGUCCCGUGCACCACACAGCCCCUCCUCAGCCCGGUUUCUCCUGCACAGAAGAGACUGGCUCCGCAUUAAGGCCCUUUCGAGGGCCCUUUUCACCCUAGGAGGACCCAGUCCUUUAUUUGCUUUAUUUUCCACCCAUCAUCUCUCUGUCCAAGGACGCAGGCCUUCACCCGUCUUUGCAUCUGGAACAUUGAAGUCUGACACGCUAGCUUUGUCUUUUCCUAUAAAUACCUUGCUUGGCUUCUCAAAAAUUUCUGUUCUGCAAUCUGUUCUGAGAAAAAAAUGUGCCUAAAAUAUUUCUAGGAAUUCCCUUAAUUAAAUUUUCCAGCUGCUGGCGUCCCCAGGUGUGACAAUGCCAUAUGUGACCUCAGAAACUUGCAAUAAAGGGGAGAUUGAU